AAUCUGUAUACCAACAAUGGAAGCUUUCCAGAAAAAUAUGCAAUUGGCUAUCAAAUAGAGAAUUUCUGAAGUCCCGAUAAUCUUUCUAUUGAUAACCAAUCGUGUGACAUGCAUGUUCUUGCUGGAAAGCGCCUAUUAGAUUUUGAAGAAGCACGUGUUGUCGUAUUGUGUCUCAAGAACAAGAGAAUUUGUUAAAAAAGCGAAUUAUAAAAGAACUGCAUCGUGAUACUACAGUCCAUCUGUGGAUAUCUAAAAAGGAAAAAGAAGAAUCACAAAUAAAGACAUGUCUGAAAACAUCCCAGUAUCAGCUUUUUCUAUGCAUGCAAAGAAACGUAAAAACCCAGAACAAGAAAUGAAUUGUAAAAAAAGAAAAAAUAAGCAUCUGUUAUCAGAAGUAGCUAAUCAAAAAAAUAUUAAACAAAUGAUUGUAAAACAGAAAACUCAAAAGCAACAGAAUAAAGAUAAAUAUACUUUGAAUAUCUCUUUAAAAAGUAAAAGUGGUAUUGUCACUAAAAAAGGCAGAUUGAGAAUUUGUAAAGAAAGUUCCUUACCUACUGCAAAGAUGAUAAAUAAAUUAAAAAGAUUAAAUAAUCGAUUACAAUUAAAUGAAGUAAAUAAUGUUCAAAGUGUGCAUAAAAAAUCUAAAUUAAAAUUAAUAAAGGAGCAAAAAGAGAAAACUGAAAAAAAGACUUGUGACAAAAGAAAAACUAUCGCAACAAUUGAAACAACAUUAAGAGAGAAUGCUAAGAAAGAAAAUAAUGACAAUCAUUUAAACUACAUAGAAUUUCACAAAAAUACAUUAAAUGAACAUGCAAGUACAAUCUAUUUUGGUGAUCCCGAUCCAACUUUAGGCAGUCAAAAAUUAUUUGAAUGGCUAGUACAUCCUUUGGAAACUAAAAACUUUUUUAUAAAACAUUGGGAAAAGACUCCAAUACAUAUAAAAAGAAAUAAACCUGAUUAUUACAAGUGGAUCAUAUCGACAUCUGUAUUAGAUAAAAUGUUGAGAGAUAAUCAUAUUUUAUUCACCAAAAAUAUUGACAUUACUUCUUAUAUCGAUGGAGUAAGAGAGACUCACAAUCCUCCUGGUCGUGCUCUUCCUGUUUGGGAUUAUUAUCUGAACGACUGCUCUGUGAGAAUGUUAAAUCCUCAGACAUUCAUACCUCAGUUACAUGCACUCAAUGCUACACUUCAGGAAUUUUUCGGCUGUUUUGUUGGCGCCAAUUUGUAUCUUACACCACCCAAUAGUCAAGGUUUUGCACCUCAUUAUGAUGACAUUGAAGCAUUUAUAUUGCAAAUUGAGGGCAAAAAGAGGUGGAGGCUAUAUAUGCCUCCUAAUGAGAAUGAAUAUUUGCCGAGAUGUUCAUCUAAGAAUUUUGAUCAAUCGGAAAUCGGGGAGCCUAUACUGGACACGAUUGUCAGUGCUGGGGAUUUGCUGUAUUUACCACGGGGAACUGUUCACCAAGGAACGACCAUCGACGAUACUCAUAGCUUGCAUGUCACGUUAAGUAUGUAUCAGAGAAAUAGUUGGUGCAACUUGCUCGAGAAACUUCUUCCACAGGCCUUAAAACGAGCGGCCGAAACCGACAGUCGUUUUCGCGAGGGACUGCCUUUGGAAUAUUUAAGAUACACUGGCAUUGCACAUAGCACGAAUGCAACAGAAUACAAAAAAGCUUUCAAAGAGCAAAUUAAGGAUCUGAUAACUAAUUUGAUGAAUUACAUCGAUGUAGACAGCGCGGCCGAUUUAAUGGCCAAAGAUCACAUCCACUGCUUUCUGCCUCCCUUCCUCACUAAAGAUGAACGAAAAUGUUCAGUGGCGGAAGAUGGCGAGAUUAUGACUACCAACGGAAUUGUUAAGAAUCGCGCGGAUAUAACACCCGAGACAAGGAUACGAUUGUUGAGAACGCAUUGUAUAAGGUUAAUAGAGGAAGAUGAAAGAUAUAGGAUAUAUUACUCCACUGAAAAUUCCAAAGAAUAUCAAGAAUACGAACUGCAAUAUUUAGAAAUUGAUGCAGAGUUUGUACCUGGCAUUCAGAAAAUAAUAAUAUCCUAUCCUAACUUUAUAUGUGUAAAGGAAUUGCCGAUCGAGAGCGACGACAUUAAGAUUCAAAUAGUAAGAGAUCUUUGGGAAAAGAAUCUAGUCAUAACAGAUACUCCUUUAUGUGGUAUGAAUUAAUUUAUUAUAAAAAAGUCAUAAUAAAAGGAGUUAGAUAAAAGAAAAUAUAUAGUUCUUUAAUUUAUAUUUUCUUAUUUUUUACGCGCAUUAAACUGUAAAAUAUAUUACAGUACGUAAAAUAAAAAUAAAAAAUUACAUACUAUGAUAGUUAAGCAUAUGACACACUGAUA